AAUUCAAAAUUGAUUACAUUAAAGAAGAGUUUAGAAUUAAAAAACAAAUGAAAUUGAAAAAAAAUUGGGGAAGAAGAAGCUGAAAAAUGAAUUGGGGCAAGGAGGAAGAAGAAGCUAAAAAAUGAAAUUGGGGCAAGGAGUUGGUGGAUACCGUGAACUCGAUCUUCCACUAUCAACAGCAACCUUUUCUUCUUCGCCGGAAUCUCAUCGAAACCCUGACGACCGAUCAAUCGACGACGUCAGCACCGGCAACGAGCGCACGACUUACAAGCUCAAAAGCUACUUCGAUUUGGCCAAAGAAGAGAUCGCCGAAGCUGUUCCAGCCGAGGAAUGGGGCUUGGCCGGCGAUGUCUGAGUAGUACUUUCAAUGCGUGAGUUGCUCUGCUCUGAACAUGUUUCCCAAUCAUUAACCGCCGGUUGGUUGUGCUCCCACCGCCGGUUAUCAUUCUCGUCCCAAGCUGAAUCUCUCGUCAAUGGCGGAUCAUCAAAUCAGGGGUUUGGUGUACCGGCUGAGUAGGCAUGGCCGUCAGAGGAGAGAAGAGAGAGUUAUUUAAAUGGGUGCGCCAAGUAGGCAUUCACAUAGGAUUGGUAACCGGCUAAAAUACCAUCGGUAAAAGAAAGUGUUUGAUGCAGUUUUACGCGUCUGAAGGCGCACUCCAACGUGACGGUAUUGCAUUUGAACUCCUUUGAGAUGCAAUAGUCUGGAACAUCUUCUGCAACCCCAUUUAGUGCGGAUAUUGUAAUAAAAAAAAUUCGUAGGACUGUGAAUUAUCAACUGUAAUAAUGGAUGAUCUUGUAU